CAGAUUCGCAACGACAACGGCCGACAACGACAAUUAGGAACGAAGGGACGGGGACGGGUCAGCGAGCAAUUAGGAGCUCAUCAAUUCGCAGUUGUAUUAAAUAAAUUAGCAACGAAACCAAAAACGUGUAACGAAUAUAUCCCGAGCAUAAAUAAUAAAUUAAACAGCGUUGUAAACUAUGUUUAGCGAAUAAAUAGAGCAAAUGCAUACAAAUACUUUGCUAACGAAAUUCUGAAAUCCUCAAUCUAAUAUGGCCUUCAGGCCCAUCGAACACUGAAGUGAACCGGACAACCGAAAGCCCAAAAAUCUCGAAGUAUACCAAACUACGACCUUGAAAACAAAUCAAAACAAAACAAAAACAAAUAUAUUGAGACUAGUCAUCGUUCAUACAACAACGAAUCCCAGUUAAAACAGUGCAAAAAAACCGAAAAGUAUUAUUUAUUGAAAACAACGCCCCUACAAAAAAAUACCGAAUUUAUAAUCUAGACAUACAGCUAAGCACAUAUAUGUACAUAUGUAAGUGAGAAAUUGUGGGCGUUCUUCUCUCUCAGUGCCACUUAAAAAACCGAUAAUAAUAAUAAUUAAGUAGAAAUUAAAAUCCACCAAGAAAUUGUCGGUGGCAUGUAUUAUCAGACAAGGCCAAAAUGUUCGCGCCACGGAAUUCAUCGCCAGUUGCCAUAUAUGGCAAGGAGGAUUUAGCUGCCUAUGAGAUAAAACUCAAAAGAGUCUUGGGACUGACUGUUUGCAGCAAUGCGGCACUCGAUGUGUCGCCUGUCAGCGGCCUGCUGGCCUAUCCAGCGGGAUGCACUGUGGUCCUGUUCAAUGCCAAACGUCACACACAGGCCUAUCUGGUCAAUACCUCCCGCAAAGCAUUCACAUCCGUGGCCUUCUCGCGCUGCGGCCGUUACGUGGCCACGGGCGAGUGUGGCAUCAAUCCCGCCAUCAAAGUUUGGGAGCUGGAGACGCCCAAUGGCAAUCUGGAAAACUGCAGCGGCGGCAGCGUUGUUGCCGAGUUUGUGGAUCACAAAUACGCCGUUACCUGUGUGGCAUUUUCGCCCACGGGCAAGUACCUGGUGUCGGUGGGCUCCCAGCACGACAUGAUUGUCAACGUGUUUGACUGGCGCGCCAAUCUUAAAAUGGCCUCCAACAAGAUAAGCUCCAAGGUGGCAGCCGUUUGCUUUGCUGAAGAUGGAAGUUACUUUGUCACCGUGGGCAAUCGUCAUGUCAAAUAUUGGUACUUGGAGGGUGGACGCAAGUACAAAGAUCCGAUCCCGCUUAUGGGCCGCAGCGCUAUUCUGGGCGAUCUUCGCGACAAUGACUUUUGCGCCGUCGCCUGCGGCAAGGGCAUCUGCUCAGAAAGCACCUACGCCAUCACACGGCAGGGACACCUGGUCGAGUUCAGCUCGCGGCGGCUGCUCGACAAGUGGGUGCAGUGCCGCACCAGCAACGCCAAUUGCAUCUGCGUCAACGAACGGUUUAUACUCGUCGGCUGUGCCGAGUCCAUCAUACGCAUCUUUAAUGCAGCCACCUUGGAGUACGUGACGACCCUGCCGAGAACACAUUACCUGGGCGUAGAUGUGUCCCAGGGUAUUCAGAUCAACCAUAUUAUGUCUGUGCCUCAGCAUGCCAAGUUUCCCGAUUGUAUUGCCAUGGUUUUUGACGAGCAGCGUUCCAAGGUCAGCUGCGUCUACAACGAUCACUCGCUGUACAUCUGGGAUUUGCGCGAUAUAUCGCGCGUGGGCAAAUCUCACUCAUUCCUGUAUCACUCCACGUGCAUUUGGGGCGUGGAGACUGUGCCAUAUAACGUGGAGCGCGAGGCUUCGCAGACGUUGCCAGAGGAUUGUUUUGUUACCUGCUCGUCGGACGACACGAUACGCGUGUGGGGCUUAGAGAGUUGUGCCAACAAUGAGAUAUAUCGCAAGAAUAUAUAUUCCAAAGAGUUACUCAAGAUCAUCUACAGCGACGAGGAUUUGCAGUACAUCAAGGACCAGGGCUCCUCGCUCUUCGACAAGGCCGGCAACUCAAGCUACGAUGGCCGAAACGGCGUCCGCUGCAUUAAAAUCAGCCCAGAGCUACAGCAUCUGGCGAGCGGCGAUCGCUGUGGCAACAUACGCGUCUACAGUCUGGUUAACCUCAAGCUGUUGACCACCAUAGAGGCCCACGAGUCCGAAGUGCUCUGCCUGGAGUACUCCAAUGAGAAGAUUGAACGCAAGCUGCUCGCCAGCGCCAGUCGCGACCGGCUCAUCCACGUGUUUGACGUCUCGCAGAACUACCUGCUGCUGCAGACAUUAGAUGAUCACAGCUCCUCCAUCACUUCCAUUAAAUUUGUGGGCGCUGGACUCAACUUUCAGAUGAUCAGCUGCGGGGCAGACAAGUCUAUUAUGUUUAGAAGCUUUCAGGGUAACAUCUUUAUGCGCGGCACAAACACCUCUGGCAAGACAACGCUCUACGACAUGGAGGUAGACUCGAACGCCAAGCACAUUUUGACCGCGUGCCAGGACCGGAAUGUUCGCGUCUACGGCACUCAGAACGCGAAGCAAACGAAAACCUUUAAAGGCUCCCACUCGGACGAGGGUAGCUUGAUUAAACUGAGCCUGGAUCCGAGCGGCAUUUACGUGGCCACCUCCUGCACGGACAAGACGCUCGCCGUCUACGAUUACUACUCCAGCGAGUGCAUGGCGCGCAUGUACGGACACAGCGAGCUGGUUACGGGCCUCAAGUUCACCAACGACUGCCGGCACCUCAUCUCGGCCAGCGGCGACGGCUGCAUAUUCAUCUGGCAGGUGCCGCACGACAUGAUUGUCACCAUGCAGGCGCGCAUGUCCCAGCAGCGACUGCGCUCCGGCAUCGCUCCGUUGCAGCGACCACUGGCGCCCAUAUCGCCGCCCGAUGCUAUUGUGGUCGAGUCUCCGAGCAGCGAGCUUGAGCACCAGCAGCUAGCUCCCAAGUUCGCAGUAGCUGAAGAGACGCAGCCCAAUCGCCAUGCCUACAGGCUGUCCGACGUGGGCCAGCUGCCGCAGUGGGCCAUGCGCAAGGCGGCAGAAUCGGAGAGCGGCGCGUUGUCCAUACCAACGCCUGUUGUCGGCGGCUUGUCGUCUGCGACCAUACAUGCGGCGUCAUCCAUGGGCAACCUUAGCUCAUCGCCCAGUCAACAGUUGGGCGUGGCAGCACCCCGCGCUCGUGGACGCUGGGCCCAGCGCAGCAGUCAACUGGAGUCGGAGGAUCUGCGCUCGAAUUCCGAGAGCCCGCUGGGCACAGUCUCUUCCGUGGGCGGCCAUAAUAUACAAACCUCCGACUACAAUAGCGCUUCCUCCAAGGACAUCAUGUACAAUCAGACGUACCUAAGCGAGGACUCCUCCAUUGACUCGGGCAUGGAGACGCGACGGGAUCUUAAGUUCGUUGGCAGCAACAACAAUGGCACCAUCUCCAACAUCUCAACCACCAACUCCAGCACAAAUGCUCCGGCUACGGGCGUUGGUCAACAGCGCUUGCUCCUCGACAAACGCAAGCCCGGAAUGCGCUUCGACACGCACACUCACGAUCACGAUGGCGAUGUUGAGGAUAUCUCGGAUGGCGAACGAACCAGCUCGGAUCACGGCAUGUUCUACAACAAUCUGGCACCCAGCACGCCAACCGACUUCAAGGUGACCGCCAUGAACGAGGAGGAACUACGAAAGUCGGUGCGCCGCCAGAAGUUCGAAAAAACCGGACUCCAAUUGGCCCCAGCCAGUAACAACGGCAGCUCCCACACGGCGAGUACCGGAACUGGAACAGGAACAUCGGACACAGAGGACGAGGGCUCGACGCCCAGCGCUGAAAAUGCCGAGCGCUCGUUGGCCUCAACGUUGGGUGGCAGCUCCGAGAACUUGCCACAGACCAGCAAUAGCUUUCUGCAUGCGGCACUGCCUGAAGGCCCUGGCACGUUGCUGGAGCGCGGCACAAGCAGCCGUCGCAGCAUCAGCGCCAAGCACAACACGGAGAGCGGGAAGGGCGUGUCAGCGGCGCCGACCAUCACAAAGUCAUAUACAAGCACCAAGAAAGAGGAGUUACUUCAGGUCAUCAACAAGGUCAAGCAGCAGCUGGAGAAUGUCGGCCAUAGACCCCUGCGAGGCAGCCAUAGCAUUUCGGAUCUAAGCCUUGCGGGAAACUUUGAUGGAUCGCGCAGUUCCGGCCCGAUGCGCUACACGAAGCCAGUUGAUUCCCACGAUACUUCACAGUACAUUAGGUCCACUACCUCAUCCAUUACCACCGCAUCGCCUCAGCAGCUUCCGCCUUCACAACAACAACAACAACAACAGCACGCUCAGCAUUAUGGCUGCUCUGUGCAGCACUUCUUUAACAGCGCCGCCUCCAGGACGAAACUACAACAGAACUUUCAAACCAUGCGUCAAGUGCAGCAACAUUAUCCGCCCUAUCCGCAUCACGUGGGCGUUCAUCAGAUACACCCGCCACCGGGCGUUCCAUUUGGCCACAGCAACGCCGGCUACGUGUCCGGCAGGUCGGCAGCAGCAGCGAGACAAGCCACAGCGAAAACCACGCCCCGGCUGAGCGCAGCCAAGCGCAAUCCGGCGGGCAACAAUCGGCGUACCCCAAGCAUUCUCAAGCAUUACAAAUCGUGUCCAGUCUCGCCGGUGCACGAGGAGGUGGAGUGGUCGGCAGAAGCGGAGCGGGUCGCGCCUGCUGAGCCAAAGCGACACUCGGUCUACGCGGACGACGCACGCACAAUUCUGGACAUGAUUCACGCGGACACCGAAAAGAUGAUCGAUGAAAUAACGCGCAAGUACGGCGAUCUUGAUGAACCAUCUAGAUAUGCUGUUCUUCCCGCUUCCUGCUCCGUGCCGGCCAAUCUGCGUGCCCUGGACUCCACCAGCGAGUCCACGCCGACGGCGACUCCACCACGCGCCCAAUACUAUGUCUACCGAGAAAUCUAUCAGUGCGAGCGGAAAGUGUCGCUGUCAGAUAUUCUAAAGCCAGAGCAGUUUACUGAGACGCAGCAGCGCCUCGAGGAGGCUCGCUUCCUAGAGACACAGCGCCACUCCAGUGCCAGCUUCUUCCUGAGCAGCUCCGGCCAGCUGCCGCACGAGCACAGCCAGGAGUCGCUGCUCUCAGACGGCGGCAGCUACUGCAACAGUCUUGAGAGCGUCCUCUCCGACGAAAGCGACUGCAAGAGUGCUCCCCUUGAACCGGCUCUCGACCAGCAGCGGCCCCUGCAAGCGAUGCAGUGCCACGCUGGCAUACGCAACUUUAUUCUGCACGGUCCCGUCUCCAAGUCGUACGGCAACAGUCCCAAUGCCUACGGCAGCUUUGACUACUAUAUGCGCCAGCAGACAGCCGCCGCUGCGGCGGCUACUUACGACAGCUUCGAUGUCACCGGCUACAACCUGAAGCCGCUGAAGCCACUGCCCAGCUCGAAAACAUACCCUCGUCUAGCCUCGGUUCCAACGGGAACUGCCGCCGUGGAGCAUAUUCCCACAAUGCGAUCCAAGAACAAGCAAUACAAUUCCGGAGUAAACAAGAGUCUCAGCACUGACUUUGCCCAGCAGCGGCAGCAGCGCAACUCAAAUCCCCUGUCUCAGUCUCACAAUCCAGUCUCGCAGCCCAGUCACCAUGCCCCAUCCCCAUCGCAAUCCCAAUGCCAAACACCUGCUCGUCCCAAUAGCCAGCUGCUGUUUGUGCGCAAGCAACUCAAGCCGAAGCCUCCGAUACCGGCGAAACCUCACAAUCUGGUGUCCACGCUCACAUGCAAUGUUGAAAAAAGUCAGCCCUGUGUGGGCACCUCCAGGACGGCCACGGUGGUGCGUCAGUUCGAGCACAAUCUGCUCAAGUUUGAGCGCGAGAAGCAGCGCACCCAGCAGCGCCCGUUGCCGGCGAUGAGAUACUCGGUGAGCAGCGGCGCGCUGGCUACGCCCAGCAGCUGCCUGAAGAAGGUGUCUCGCUUCGACACCAGCGAGAGCAGCCGACGCGCCACCAGCGUGCGCCAGAAAUCCCGACCCAAGAUCAGCGUCCGUUUCAAUACCGUGUCGCAAAUAAAGUACACCCCCAGCGCGAAGCGGGAGCGCGCCAGCCUCAACGAUGUCAACAGCAAUGAGAUUGAGUCGGAGGCGCUAGAGGCGCCGCUCGUGGGCAGUCUGCCCAGCGACUACGGGGGCGAGCGCAGUUUUGAGAUGUACUUCGCAGAGAACGGCAAUGCGCCGGAGAAUUUGGAGAAUAUGGAGAAUAUGCAAAGCUUGAAGCUGUACAAGAAGCCCCAACUGCAGGCGGUAGUCGAUGACAUUCAACAGGAGCGCGCCAAGCACAAAAAGAACAUGGACAAUGUGGUGCGCUCCGGUGGUGGCAAUUCCACCAGUCAUCAGUGCCAGAACAUUGCCGAGAAGAUAGACAUCAUUGAGAAGCUGAUCGCCAUGGAGGAGCGCAAAAUAGAGCAGAUACGAAAGGCCACUGAGACCCGCUUGCGUCCCUUUGCCUGCAAUUCGAAGCAAAAGGGCUACGUCAAGAGUCUGACUAUGAACUUUGACAUGCUGGCGCGUGCCCAGGACCAGCAUAAUCUGCAGCUGGGGGAGCAUAUGCCCGCCACAGAUGCCGAUCUGUGUGCCUAUGCGCGUCACAUCCGCAGGAACUGCAGCCUGCCGGACGUACUGGAGAGCUCCGACUUUGGCUAUCACCGUGCCCACAGCAAUGGUAACGACGUGGAGCUGGCCAAGGAAGUGAUUGCCGACGAUGACACCCAACAAUGUGUUCAUCUCGACUCCGACAGCGAGCAAAUGGACGCCACCCCGAUUAAUAACCGUGUACGCCUACUUACAGGUAAUCCCAAACUGAUCAAUCCCAUCCCCAUUGAGGAGUCGUCGAUUCGUCGCGCCUGCUCGCUGAGUGAUCUGCAUAUGGGAAACUUUGGCAAGCCCAGCAAGUCCAAUGGCACUCCUCAAAAGCCCACGGCUCAGCAUCGGAACGGCAACAUCGCCCGAUCGGCCAGCAAACGCAACAGUCUGCAGGGAAAAUCGGGCCUAGGCGCCUCCAGCAACUCCAUGAACGUGCUCAAUCAGGUCAGCGACUCGGAGACAGAAGACAUCAAUCGAUUGCGCAGUGCCAACAACGGACAAGGUCGUAACAAUGGAGCUGUCGCCGCCUCUCGACAGUACAGCAACAAAAUCACGAACGCCAACAGCAAUCGACGCAAAGCGCCCAACUUCAACAGUGGCACAGCACUGCAAGAUGACUCCAGUUCGGAGGAAACACCCAACAUCGCCGCCGGCAACAAGCCGGUUGUGCCGCCCAGACCUCGAAAUUUGGGAUUCGAUCACAAGAGCAAACUGAACAGCAAUACUCCAACCACUGCAGCCAAGCAGAGAGUCGGCGGACUUGAUGACUACGAGGCCGCUGAUUCCGAGGCGCAGGUACACAAUGUGAUCAACAAGCUUUACACGACUACGCAGACUGCAAUGCAGCUGCACGCGAAUCUGAAGAAUUCGUUGUUGCUAAAGGAACUGGAAAAUGCUGUGAUUAUGUCUCGUAAUAUGCUUGGCAGUAUAACUCACAAUCGGCAAACUGAGAAGGCGCCCUCGAGUCAAAGCUACAAUCAUAGCGGGGGAGGAGCUGAGAUCGGAGACGGGCUCAAUCGUGAGCAGAUAUCAGCCACAGGCAAUCUGGAGAAUGGCCAAUACCUUAUGAUGGUCAAUAACUGUGCCGAUCUGCUAAGCAAUUUACGCACCAAGCACAAACCCGACGACUGUGAGAAUAACUCCUAGUGUGUAGCGCUUAUACUACUUGUUAGGUUAACAAUAAAUGGCAACUAAAUGGGUUAAAACAAACUAAUAUUUAUUAAAUCUAAUUAUCUAAAUCACUAAACUGGCAAAUGGCAGAGAUAAGCAACAAAACUAAAAUCAGAUCCAACUUAUUUCUAAUUGAUAUUCAUUAAUAGUUAUUGUAAAGAUCUAAUUUGUUUUUAGUCAAGCUUUGUAGCUCUUAAGUAUUUGCGUAUUUGUGAGCGUGCAUUUCUUUUU